GUCACUGCCCCGGGGCUCGGGAUCCUCCCCACGCACACGCCCCGGGGCCUCCGGCGCUGUCCCGCGCCCGCCCACCCUCCCUCCCCCGGCAGGCCACCCAUGGGCUCUGUGCCAGCGCCCCCGCCGCUGCGGUACCGCAGCACCCGCCUGCUGCGCGCGGCUUUCCAGCUCCUCCACCAGCAGCAGCAGCGGGCGGACGUGUUCUGCGACGUGGUGCUGCGGGCCGAGGGUGAGGCGGUGGUGGCCCACUGCAGCGUCCUGUCUGUCUGCAGCCCUUUCUUCAUGGAGCAGCUGGGCCCGGAGCUGCCCCCUCGGGGCUGCAGGGUGGUGCUGGAGCUGGCGGGGCUGAAGAUCGGGGUGCUGCGCAAGCUCGUGCGCUUCUUCUACACGGCCGAGCUGGAGGUGGCGCAGGAGGAGGUGCAGGAGGUGCUGGCGGCCGCCCGGCGCCUCCGCAUCACCGAGCUGGAGGCGCUGCAGCUCCAGGGGGGACGCCUGGUGAGGCUGGGACCCCAGCGGCAGCUCAACCGCUCCUGCCUGUGCUCCCCACAGCAGGGCUCCCCCACCACGCUGCUCCACAGGGCUGUGCCCAGCGGUGCCAGCAUCCCCCCUGGGAGCACCGGGGUGUCCCCCCACGGGCAGCCGUGCUCUCUGGGGCCCACACACCUCAGCCCCAUCAGGCGGGUGAGGCUGCGGAAGGUGGAGAGCAGGGGGUGCUGGGAGGUGGUGCGGGACACGCAGCCCUCCCCUGCCUCUCCCACGGUGCCAGUGGGCCAUGUGGGGGUGACGGGAGCACAGCCCCCCCUGGAUGUGGGUGGACUGGGAAGCGGGCAGUCCCCGCCCCGGCAGAGCUCCUGUGCAGCCUGGAGGCAGCAGGGUGGGGAGCCCCCUGCACCCCAGCAGGGCUGUGGGCAGGUGUUCCCUGGAUGCGACCCUGAGAAGGAGGAGGAGGUGGAUGUGGGCACAGUGGAGCCGUUCCUGCCUGCAGGCACAGUCUGCCUCUGGCCCUGCCCCUCCUCCGAGUCAGAUGAGGAGGUGGAUGUCCUCACCUAGGGCCGGCUCUGCCCCCCGCCGCUGCCUGCUGCUCAGGGCUGCACCCCCUGGCCUCUGCAUCGUUGGAAUAAAAGGCUGGAGCUG